UUGUCAGUGUUGCCACAGCGAUGAUGUUAAAGCGUUAUAUUUGCGCUGUGAGUCAACGGACUACUUUCACUGGUUAUCAGAGGGUUGUGUUGGGGAUUAACUAUCCGUGAGGCGUCCUCAGGCUCUCCAGCUAUGGUGCCAUCCAGCUUUUAAAGUUUUUAAAGGAUGCAUACAACACGCAGCCCUUCGUCCAUCCCGUCAGGUGUCUCAGGAGACGCCCUGGAUCUCAGCUUGUCAGGCUCCCAGCUGUCUAUGUCCAAAAGGCCCAGCAGUGCGUCGCCGGGGAAAUACUUCUCUCGCUCUGUGUCUGUCUCUGUGGCGGGUGACAGCAGAGGCAAACGCAACACUUUAAGCGACACCAGCUUUGGCAGCUCGCGAUCCAUCAAGAACUUGAGGCGGUCCAACAGCACCACGCAGGUCAACCAGCAGGCCAACAUCAGUUUAAGUGAGGACCAGAGGGAGGACUACUUGGCCCUGUUUGACAGCGGCUCCGAUGGACGCAAGAAGUUGGCGAGCCUGAGCAAGACCUCGCCAGACAGAACCACAUGGAACAUCCUGGACGACCAGCCGAGAGCUUUCCCCCUGCACUCCAGCUCCCGCAGCACCGGCAGCAUGGACUCUCCCACCAGCCUGAAGAAACGAGAGCCUGGCAUCGCUCUGGCUGCCAGCUUCACUGCGAACAACAGGAGCAACAAGGGAGCUGUGGGUAACUCCGUCACCACCAUCUUACACAACAACUACUCGGAGAAGCCGCUCACACCUAAGAGCUCCAACCAGAAGCCUUCCUUCAAUAACAUCCUGAAGGCCACGGCGAACGACGAGGUGUCGCUGGAGAGCGGCUCCCUCACUAAGUCCCAGAAAAACUUCUCCACCACCUCCCCCGCCUCCAACAACAAAUCCCCAGUGUCAGCUCAGCGCGGCAGCCCUGUCCUGCUGCGGAGGAGGGAGGUGACAGAGGAGGAGGCUGAAAGGUUUAUCCAGCAGGUGAAUCAUGCGGCGGUCACUAUUCAGCGCUGGUACAGACGCCAUGCCAAGAGGCAACACGCUAACCAGGCGGUGCUCAAACGCGUCCUUGCCAGUAAAAGAAAGGAGUGGGAGGAGAGAACAGAGGAGGAGAGGCGCCUGGAGCAGCAGCAGAAGAAGGACGAAGACAGGAAACGGAUUCGUGAGGAGAAAGCUCGUCUUGCCCGCCUCGCUGCCAUCCAGGAGCUGCAGCAGAAAAGAGCUCACAAGGCUGCAGCAGACACACAGCACGCAGCAGAGGCGGAGCCUGAAAACCUGAGGCAGACCGCUGUGGUAGGCCGAAAGAAACCGCCCAAGAUUUCCCCGACCAACAAAAGUCCAGCCUCGCCAAGCAACAACAGCCCGAUGUCGCCCACAGAUGUUAAGACGAAGAACACAGACUCUAAUCUGAAUGUUGUGGCUGACUUGGGUGAUCUGACCUUCAGAGCCAUUUCCCCAGCUUUGUCCAAUCACAGAGGCUCUCAGUGCUCCCAGGAGGACAGAGCAGAGGAAGACAAUUCCCAGGAGCAGCAUCAGACGAGUGAGAGGAAGCCGAUCCGUAAGGAGAAAGCUCGCCUGAUCCGCCCCACUGCUACCAAAACAAACACGCCUGAUGGACUGCAGCACAUAAAAGUGCAGCAGGGCGCAGAGACGCAGCACGCUCUGGAGGUGGAGUUGGAAAACUCGAGGCAGGCUGGUGUGGGAGGACGUAAAAAACCGCCCAAGAUUUCCCUGACCAACAAAAGUCCAGCCUCACCGAGCAACAACAACUACCCGAUGUCACCCACAGAUGUUAAAACGAAGAACACAGACUCUAAUUUAAAUGUUGUGGCUGACUUGGGCGAGCUCAGCUUCAGAGCCGUUUCCCCAGCUCUGUCCAAUCGCAGAGGUUCUCAGUGUUCCCAGGAGAUCCUGCAGAGGUCGGUGAGCGUGGAGGACCAGAGGCAGGGAGCCUCGUCCAGCAGGGCUCAGUCUAAAACCACCCUCAACGAGCUGCUGGACACCCUGAAGCUGUUAGAGGAGGAGCCAGAGAGGCUGUCAGAGCCGAAGUGCUACCGCAAAGAGAAAUACGCCUGGAUCGAUGAGGACGGGGACUCCAACUCUUUGACCACUGAUAACCUGGAGCGUCACGGCCAGCUGAGCCACCACCCUGCGCUGCCAGAUGGGGGCGCCCUGCUCUCUGAGGCCAAGCUGCAGAGUAUCAUGAGCUUCCUGGAUGAGAUGGAGAAGUCAGAGCAGGAGAGGCCUCGCUCUGUCACCUCAGGAUCACACCGAGAGGCUGUUUUGUCUGAGGAGGAGCUGGCCGGUGUCGAGCAGGCGUCGGCCACUGCUGCCGAACUCACCGGCUCCAUGAUGAGGAUCAAACUGGAGCUGGAGGAAAAGAAACGCACCGUCAACAUGCUGCAGACCGCUCUGGCCCAGCAGAGGGAGCUGACAAUAAGACACGUGAAGGAGACGGAGAGGGAGCUGAGCAGGAACUUCCAGCUCCAGAAGGAACAAUAUGAAUCCACCAUCCAGAGACACCUCACCUUCAUCGAUCAGCUCAUCAAUGAUAAAAAGGCUCUGAGCGAGCGCUGUGAAGGAGUGGUGGGAGAACUGAAGCAGGUGGACCAGAAGUACACCAAGAAGAUUGCACAGAUGCAGGAGCAGCAUGAAAUGGUGUGGCAAAUUCUCGGUCCCUUGUGCGAGGAGAUCAAGAAGUUAAAAGACCUGAUGAGUGCCACGGAGAAGAUCCGACGGGAGAAAUGGAUCGAUGAGAAAACCAAGAAGAUUAAAGAGAUCACAGUCAAAGGCCUCGAGCCCGAGAUCCAGAAGCUGAUCUCUAAACACAAACAGGAGCUGAAGAAGCUGCGGACGCUCCACGAGGCGGAGCUGUUGCAGGCGGACGACCGGGCCGCCCAGCGCUACGUCCGGCAGUGCGAGGAGCUCCGUCAGCAGCUGGAGAAGGAGAAGGAGGAGCAGUGCCAGAGAGAGCGGGAGCUAGCCAAACAGAGAUAUGAGAAGCAGCUUCAGGAGGAGGAGGUGUCUCUGCAGCAGCAGCGCAGGCGUCUCUACAAGGAGGUCGCUGAUGAGAAAGAGAGGCUGGCCCAGCUGGCUGCAAGGCAGCGCGCCGAGCUGGAGGAUCUGCGGCGGCAGUUGGAGGAGAACAGCUCUCUGGCUGGACGAGCCCUCAAAGAAGAGCUGGACAAGACCAGAGAGGAGCAGGAGAGGAGACAUCAGGUGGAAAUGAAGGCGUUACAGGAGCGUCUGGACAUCGAAAAGCAGACGUGGGAAGAAAACUACAAGAAGAAAGAGGAAGCGUGGCUGCUGACCCGUGAGCGCGAGCUAAAAGAAGAACUGCGAAGAGAACGUGACAAAGAGAUAGAGCUCGCCAUCUGGACGCUGGAGGAGGAGACCAGCAAGGACAAAGAGGAGUGUGAGAGGGCAGCGGAAAACAGGCUAAAGCGCGUGAGGGAAAAGUACGAGGCCGAGCUGAGGGAGCUGGAGCGCUCUGAGAGGACGGCGGUGGAGAAGCAGCAGGAACUGAGGAAGCAGCAAAUGGAGACGGAGGGAGAGCUGAUCAGACUGCAGGCCGCGCUUAGACAGAAAGAACAGGAGACUGAAGAGAUCACGCAGGCCAGGGACAAGUUGGCGGAAGAGCGCCGCAGCCUGGCGGAGGUAAUAAGGCAGGAGUUUGCCGACCGCUUGGUGAUGACGGAGGAGGAGAACCGCAGGUUGAAGGUGGAGGUGUCAGAAGUCCGAGCGAGGAUGCGGCUGGAGGUGGAGAGGGUCACACGGGAGAAAGAGGAAGAACUGGCAGAAGUCCACCAACGAGUGAAGUCGGCCAUCUUGAAGAAGGAGGAAACCGUCAACAAUCUUCGGAAGCAGCACGAGGCCGCCCUGAAGAGGGCGGAUCACUUGGAGGCCCUGUGGGAACAGCAGAGGAAGCAGCUGCUGGAGAAGUGACUGACAGGAUGUCCACCAAGUUUCAUCUCUCUGUGGACCUUUUCAUUAGCACCCCC